AUGAGCAUCACUGUUCUCAACGAGCCUCAACUACCAGCUGAAAUCAGUGAUUUGCUUCUAUCAAGGACGAUAAAUUGCCUUGUGCCGUCAGAACGACCACAACCUCCAAGUCACAUCACUCAAAUUUGGCCUCACUGUGAACAUCGGCACCUGGUUAACGCCGUUCCACCUGGCGCCAACCUUUCGGUUACAACAACGGAUGUCGAUAACUACAAAUGA